CCUCUGCUCCAUCUUUCUUUCUUCCUCGAGCGAGAGCGGGCCGGUCAUGGCGGAGGACGCCGAUUGCAACGAGGAGAAAGGCGCCGGCGGCGGCGAGGACGAGGGGACCGGGAAGGCAAACAAGAGCAAGCAGCAGCAGCAGCACAAGAAGAAAGAAGACGGCGGCGACGCUGCAGGGAAGAAGAAAGCGGCGCCCGUGGUGCUGGGGGUGGACCUGCACUGCGACGGCUGCGCCCGCAAGGUCGUCAAGGCCAUCAAGGCGGCGCAGGGCGUGGAGGGCGUGGCGGCGGACGUGGCCGCCGGCACGGUGACGGUGAGCGGCAAGGCCGUCGACCCAUGGGACCUCAAGGACCGCGUCGAGGCCAGGACGCACAAGCCCGUCGCCUUCGUCUCCCCGCCCAAUCCCCCCAACCCCGCCAAGAAGAAGAAGGACGGCGGCGACACCGCCGACGACGGCAACUGCGCCAAGACCGCCGGCGAUGGCAAGAACAAGAAGAAGGACAACAACAAGGAGGUUCCGGAUUCGACGGUGGUGGUGAAGAUCGGGCUCCACUGCAACGGCUGCAUUGACCGGAUCAAGCGGACCGCGCACAAGAUCAAAGGCGUCAAGGAGGUGAAGGUGGACACGGCCAAGGAGCAGGUGACGGUGCAGGGCACCAUGGACGCCGCCAAGGCCCUCCCCGACGUGCUCAGGCGGAAGCUCCGGAGGGACGUCGACGUCGUGCCCCCGCCGACGGCCAAGAGCAAGGACGGCGGCGACAAGAAGAAGCAGCAGCACAAGGACGGGGACGACAAGGUGGCCGGCGAGCAGCAGCAGCAGCAGGGACAAGGAGGCGGCAAGAAGAAGAACAAGAACAAGAACAAGCAAGGAGAGGAAGAGGCCGGCGAGACGGCGGUGGAGUACCAGGCGUUCCCGACGGCGAUGAUGUACGGCGGCGGCGGCGGAGGAGGAGGAGGUGUGGUUGCAGGGGGGUGGACGACGUCGUACCGGGUGGAGAUGCUGCACGCGCCGCAGCUCUUCAGCGACGAGAACCCCAACGCCUGCGCCGUCAUGUGAGAUCGAUCGAUGUCAAGGAAGACGCACGCAUGUGCUAUUCGUCGUACGUCGUAGACUCGUAGCUAGCUAGUGGUACAGCACCAAGUAGAGAAGUCCAUGUAAUGCAUGCACGGAGUAUAUAACUACAAGUACCAUGGCAACAUAUAAUAUCUACUGUAGACUGCAGUGGGGGUAGUAGUACGUCCGUACGUGCAUGGUUUACGGCUGCUGCUGUACGUGGCAGCGAGUAUACUCCAUAAGUUUGUGUUGGUUGGUGACACGAUUCAUUUCGAUCGAUCCAUCAUCUAUCCGCAUUCAAUGA